AUGCUGCCAAAAGUUAAACGUCUGUUUCGUCCGGGCUCUCGGGCCUUCAGUAGACCUAUUGAGCCCGUGCCUAUGAGCAGAAAAGAGAACCUGCCUUCGGGAAACAAAGAACCCUCGCCCCCGGCUAACAAAGAACACACCCCUCAGUCCACUCCAAAGGUGAGCCAACCCCCGGUGCGACCCAAAGUCGAUAAUAUCGACUUCCACAUCGACUUCUCUGAGAGUUCGGACUCAGGAUUCCCUCCAGCCUGGUUCGACGAAACUUUGGAAAACGAUCCUGAGAUUCGACGCUUUUUGUGUGAGGACGACAUUCCUCACCACGAAGUGUAUUCGGGAUUUCGCUCAACUCACCACACCCCCCGCUACCAACCAGAAACUAUCAUCAACUCACGUCCUUCUCCCUCUCCUGUUACCCCGGUCCUGCCACAACCAACAGUUGCAGCUCUUCCCCUCGACCACCCGGAGGAGCCGGCAAGCUCCUCAUCGCUGAACACUAUGCCUGACACGGUUAUUCAGUUCAAUCAACAGGGCCAGGUUGUGACCUCAGCCGAAAAGCGAGCCUUCUUCCCUAAUGGCACGGAGCAUCAGCACCCGGCUAAGCGAGUUAAACCCGAGCCAGAGGGCUCCGCGACAAAACGCAAGCGGUCCGAGGACACCAACGCCAGUGGGGACGAUGAAUGGGACUCCGAUCCGCCCACCUCGCCUGAAUACAAAAUCUCCAGUGCGAGUGAUGGUGAUGACAGCGACACCAGCGAGGCUCCUUCCUCACCAUGCGUGAAGCGAGUAAAGAAGGCUGCUCCGCAUCCCCCGGUCAAGAACGGCCGCUCACUUAAGCCCAAAGCCAAAAGGACCAGGAAAAAGAAGAAGAAGACAUGGGAUUCGGAUAGGUCAAUGUCUGAGCCAAGUGACCUCGACUACGAGAGUGACGAAGAAUUCUUCGUUCCGACAGGAGAGCGCGACGAGCUGCUCAACAAUAAACUGACCCGAGAAAGGGCAAAGCGCCUACUUGACGCAGUGGAACUCCCCCAAGGCCAUGACCUGUCACCGGACGUACAGCAGACUGCCCAUCAACUUCUUACUCGUGGCUGCAUGCCAACCCUCCACAGACACUGGGAGAAAGAUUUCUCCACCCUUCCAGAGUCGCUGUUCUUUUCUGGGAAAGAUGAUGAAACUCAGCGUAAGGAAUCUAACUUCGUCCUUGAAAACGAUAAGGGUUCCGAAUUUUACGCGAUCCGUGCAUUUCAAGAGCUUUUAAAGAUAUGUGGAAAUGUGAGGGACUACUGCAAUAUCCUUGAUAUAUGUCCCGGAAUCUACAUCAAGAAAUCAAUAGAGAAAUACCUCCGCUGGGCAUUGACUGAUGCCGGUGUCAGAGUCCAUCCGGACACACCCCCUGUGCACGUCAUUUACUGCAAACAUCAGGACGAAGAGCCAAAAGAAGCCUUUAGUAAAGUUGCCAAAGCAUUCGAGAACCUAUUGAAUACAUGGCAGAGCCAACUCGCUGCACCCCAUUAUGGCGAAGAAGCCUGGCCGGCAUUGAUUGGAUUCGUUCUCUGUGGACCUGUUCUUUCUGUCAUCUGUCUGGACACCAAUCCCCAUCCGCAGACCCAAACACAAGGAAUCAAGUUCCUUGGCCAUUUCGACCUUUCAGAUUUUGAUCAUGAUGUCUGGAACACCCUGGCUAUCGCGAUCCUUGUCAUGCACAUCAAAAGGACCGUGACCAAACUCGCGAAGGCCUACGGUCACAGGUUUGUGGCCUCGAUCUUUGAUAACCCUAAUAUGGGUUCCCCGGAUCCUGAUCGUUAA